CCUUUUAUUACUGACUUCGUUCGCCUCGCAGAAACUUCCCCGACGGGUCUUCUCGACGAGAGGAGAGGCGACCGUUGAGCGAUCGACGAUGACCCGUCGAUAGAGGGAAUACUGUAAGGUCGAGAUUAAAAAAUAAAGCUGCAUCUCUAACGGGAAUCGAUCAUUUUUUCGAGCGAAAGCGUCGCCCCCUCCCGCAGGGUGGUAGGGCCAAAGUCCCUAGCGGCGGUGAAUCCUAGUGAGAGUCACGGUGCACGAAUAACGUAGAGCCGGGGCGCCGAUGCGAAAGGCGGUGUAGACAUCGGCCUUAUCAAGAGUCUCUCUGAUCGGAGGAUAUCGGCGAAUCGCCGGCCGAUUUUUUCGCUCCGUUAUCCGGCCGGAUGAAAAUCACCGGCGGCGUCGCGGCGCCCGGGGAAGAGAGUGCGGACGGCGCGCGGUACGUGCGCGAGGAAGGCGAGAGAUGCCGUCGUGUCGGCGCUCGAGGUGUCACGCGACGGCCCUGAGCGGACGAGAGACGGCGAGACAUCCGCUCGGCUCGACGCUCCGCCGCCGGCAGUGCGACGCGCAGUCCAGUCCGCGGCGGCGACGACGACAGCAACAACGACGACCUCGCGACCGUGAGAAACGUGGGACGAGACCGGAUCGACGAGCGCCGCGGGCUAACCUAGCGACGGCUCUCUCUCAGGGCGAGCCGCGGCACAGUCGCUAUGACAAAAGGUGGCAUCACUGGGGGACGUGUUGGAAGCACGGACGAUGCAGCGCUCAUUGAUAUGACGCCAUUUUACUAACCUUUCUCGCGCACCGCGACCAGCUAAGCUCGAAGGCGCCGAGAUACCCCGCGUAGACGCAGCGGUGCACGCGGCUGAUCGCGACACGUGCGGGGCUCCUCUCGUCCUGAGAAAAGUAACUUGCCAUAGAGGUCGGUACUAUUAUGGAAGAUGAGGAUGGGGAAAGCAGAAGCACGGACAUGUGGCCUAUCUUGGGGGAGCGAGUCCACGAGCCGGCAUUGGGCAAUUCACUGAGACAUUCCAGCAACGACGGGUACGCGGGCAAGGAGGAGAAGCAGCGACACUUCGGUCCGAUCGUGGCGAAAGAGCCGAAGAACACGGUGACGGGGCCGAGGCUGACUUUCAAGGGUUUCAAGAAGCGCAUUCUGGCGCAGGCGCGGCAGCGCCACACCGCGGUGCUAAGGAACAGCGCGUUGGAACAGCAGCAACUAGCGGGCGGCAAUGCGUCGGCUCGGAGCGGCAAGGAACGGCGGGCGGAGGGGAAGCACAAGAUAACGGAGUACCUGGGCCUCCAGCCGUCCUCGAGGCACAAGUGCCCCAAGUGCCACGGCUGGCUGAACUGCGGCCCGACCAACUCGAAGCAGAAUCUCUGCGCGUGCAAUCCCAGCAUGACGCCGAUGCCCGGCACCUCCGAGACGACGUUGGCCCCGCAGGCCUCCAGCAACUUCAAGAUCACGCGGAAGGUGUACCUGUGCGCGGCGUGCGGCACCUACUUCGAGAAUUGGAAUCUCUUCCUGCACAUGAGGGACAUCCACAAGCGGCACAUCUGCCUCUUCUGCCUCGGCAUGUUCGGCCAGGCGGAGAGGCUGCUGCACCACCUGUCGAAGAAGCACAGCGUGCCGGAGCUGGAGCUCGCCUCGGAGGACGAGUUCCGCAGUGUCUUCAAGGGCUCGUGUUACCUGGUGUGCUGCAGCUGCGAGAGGAUCUUCUCAGAGACCGACCACUUCUACGAGCACCUCUGCUCGCCGAGCUUCAAGCAGGACGCGACCGCCGGGAUGUCCGUGUGCACCCUGUGCCGGCAGACCGGCACCCACGCGACCACCUGUAACUUCGCGCUGUCGUCGGACAGGGAGUCGACGCGCGUCGACGACUCGACGACGAGUCUGGGGGGUAAAGGACUGCCGAGGAAAUCGGUGAAGAACAAUCGGAGCAAACACGCGCUGGACGGCGUGCCGAACGCGCUGGCGAGGAAGCUCGGCGCGAGAGGCCGGUGCAACAAGACUGGCGAGACGGCCGAGGUCAGGUCGGAGCUCGUCAACAACCUGCCCAGGGACACGGUCUCCGAGACGAUAAUGGAGGUGUCCAGGUACACGGGCGGCGACUCGUCCGACGAGAACGACGAGAACGACGAGCAGGCGAUGAACAAGGACGUCAGCCGGGACAAGGGGGUGGACGAGAAGUCGCCGGCGGCGAAUCACCAGCUCGUCGACCGCAGCGAGCCCUACGACAGCGUGACGGAGACCAUCAUGGAGGUGUCCCGCUGCACGAGCGACACCGAGGACGACCUCCUCCCUCCGACGGCUGUCCCGGCGACCGAGAAGACGAGCAACCCGGAAGAGAUGAACGACCCGACGCACCAACCCAGCCCGGCGGUAAGAUGGGAACCGGAGGAGACGGCGAAGACGGACUCGUGCGAGCUCGGGACGGAGUUUCAGGUAUGCAACGACAGCCCGCGAAGCCCCGUCAGCCGAUCGCUGUUCAGCCCUCGUCACGAGUCCCAGCACACCUCCGAGCCGCAGCUGAAAGAGAAGGAGGAGGAAGAAGAGGAGGAGGAGGAGGAAGAGGAGGAAGAGGAAGAGGAAGCAGCGACGGAGAAGUCGCCGAGCGUCGGCGAAUCUCAGCUCUCGGUCUCGUUCAACGCCUCCUCCGACCGCAGCCUGGUGAUCAAGAUCUGCACCAACAGGAACUCUCAGUUCAGCGUGACCAGUGCCGCCGCCGUUAGCCGGGCCUCCGAGGAGAACAACAACGCGGAGGGGUCCACCGCGUCGAAGGAGAAACUCGCGAACGGGGAGAGGGAGGUGCUCGGCGACGAGCAGGGGAACGACGACAGCGACUCCGACAGUGAGAAACUGGCGGUGGUGGACAGCAAUCCGGAGGAGGACGAGACGAAGAUGGACGGUGAGGUGAGCGGCGGGCUAUUCGACGUGGUGGAGGAGACCGACGUGCCGAACGAGGGCGCGAAAGGGCCGGAUGGUGAGGAAGCGAGGAACGACGACGACGGCAUCGCCCUGGCCGGUGAGGACACGCCCUGCGUCGACCUGAACGUCGAGGGCACCCUGGACAGCAUGGAGCUGAACGAGCUGCUGAAGCGCUGCAUAGAGGCCGCCAGUCCGCUCUGCGUCUACUGCAACCACGCCCGGUGCAUCGCCGUGAACGGGAAGCAGCUGGGCCUGCACAUGCUGGCGGAGCACAAGUUCCAACCUCAGCACCCGGCGAUCAUCAUCCACGCGGAACAGUUCACCACGCGGGUGAAGCGCUCCCUGGACGAGCUGGAGUGCCGUUACUUCAACCUCAGCACCUACGACAGCGCGAAGGGCACGUGCAACGUGCCGCAGGUGAGGACGUACGAGUGCUUCCACUGCAGGUUCCACUCGACCGUCCACAAGGAGCUCUACCUGCACAACCGGAAGAUGCAUCAGAAGACCAUACUGAUCUGCAUAAUGUGCAAGUCGACCUUCUACAGCUACAGCGAGCUGCUGUGCCACCUGUGCCCGGGCGUCUACUCGCCCAACAUGAACCUCCGCUACCGAUGCUGCCUGUGCUCGGUCGGCAGCCUGCCCUCGUCCUUCCGGCUGAUGGUGCACCUGCGCAAGCAACACCACGCCUGCGACGUCUGCCUGGAGUCCACCGGCAACCAGCAGCGGCUCUCGAACCACGUGUGGAAGCACAAGCUGCACCACCUGUGCUACCGCUGCGGCAUCGCCUACCGCAACAAGCCGGACAUCACGAAGCACCUGUUCUGGAAGCACGGCACCGAGAGUGUGCUCUGCCGGAAAUGCGUGCAGAAGAAAUGGCCGCACAUCUACCACUUCUGCAUACCGCCGGCGGAGUUCAAGUGCGACGAGUGCGAGUGCAAGUUCAAGCGAGCGGUCGCCCUGAAGGUGCACAAGAGGCUGCACUCGGCGAACCUGCCGUACGGCUGCGACGAGUGCGCGGACCGCUUCAUCUCGCGGAAGCUCCUGGCGAAGCACCAGCUGAGCCACAGGGAGCCCGAGUCGCGGAGCGUCGACGUCAACGUCACCGACGUGGACGAGCCUCGUCCGCCGGCGGAGGGACCGGCCGAGAAGGACGCGACGACGACGACGUGCGAGGCGACGGAGAUCGUCAAGGACGCGAAAGAGGCUGUGAAGAGGGUGGUGGACGUCUACGAUCUGCCGCCGCUCAACCUGUCGUCCGAGAGUGACACGGACAGCGAGGAGGAGAAGGCAGGCGCCGAGAGGAACGCCGGGGAGACCGUCGAGGAGGAGGCCGUCGACGCCGCGUUGCUCGACGAUAUCGUCGUCGACGUGGAGCGCAACGAGGAGGAGAAGAAGCAGGAAGCGCGCAUCAUGGACGGCAUAUGGGACAACUUCAAGAGCUACGCCGCGAGUCUGGAGAUGAAGGAGUCCGGGCAGAGCUUCGCCGCCGGCUUGAAGGAGACUCCGCCCGACCCGGCCUACCUCAGGAGCCUCGUCCUGGCCGACCACGAUUACUGCGUCGUGUGGCCCGAGGACGGGGAGCGAGCGACGACCUCGAAGGAGGGGGAGGAGGACCGCAGGAGUCGGUCCCCCAGCCCGAAGAACGUCGCCGAGACCGAGCAGACGGCGAAGCGCGCGAAAGCGAGGAGUCCGAAGAAGAAGAAACGCAGCGGCAGCACGUCGUCGAGCGACUCUUCGAGCGACACCGACAGCACCAGCUGUUCCUGCGGCACCAACUGCAGCUGCAGCAGCACCUCGUCCGGCAGCUCGUCCAGCUCCAGCAGCAGCUCUGACUCCGACAGCUCGACGUCCGAGAGCUCGCCCAGGAAGGGCCGGCGCGCCCGGAAGGAGAAGGAGAGCCGGUCGGUCGAGCCGAAGAACAAAGAAGAGGUGACGAUCGAAGAGAACGGCAUCAUCACGGUGGACGAAGAAGUGGUGGCGAGCGAGCCGGCGUUGCCGUCGAUGCGGGAGUCCGACCUGGAGACCGACGAGACCGUCACGGACGAGGAUUUCUACGACGAACAUCCGCAGCCGCUCAACAACACUCUGCUGGCGGAGAAGCGCAAUCAGCUGUUGCUGCUGGCCACCGUCUCCACGUCGGUGGAACAGCAACGGCCCGGCCAGCUGAACAACGGCGUGCCGGAGGUGGCGCCGCCGGCGACCGAAGACCGGCCGGCGCAGAAGAGGAAGACCAAGACGAAGAAGCGGCGGAAGGGCGAGAGGGCGAACAAACGCAACGCCACCGUCGAGUCGAUCAAGCUGAACAUUCCCAAAGCGUACUACCAGAAGAGCCCGGCGUUCGCCGUCUCGUCGCCGGCGAUGCUGUCGAGCAGGUCGUCGACGCCGAAUCUGCCCAAUGACGUUCACGCGACGGAGACGCUGCAGACGGCGAACCCGGCGAGUCACAACGUAGGCGGCAGCGGCUCGGAGGCGGAGAAUAAGAGGUCUUCCAAGAGGAAACGCGUGCCGAAGCGCUUCUACGGGGACUCGAGCGACGACGAGCCUCACGAGAAGGCGGCGCACAAAUGGGGGAGCAGGAAGCCCGUCGAGGCCGUCGCUUUCGCGCCGCCGCCGCCGAGCCCGAAGUCGGUGCCGCCUUCGAGAUUAUCCUUCGGCAAGGUCGUGCAGCAGACAGCCUACAGACCGGUGGAGAGCCAGCAGCAGGCGUUGCCGGUCACUCUGGCGUCCGCCACCGAGUCCGAGGGUGCCGCGGAGAGCAGCAGCGCCGAGAGCACCGAGUCCGAGAUCGACGUGGACGACACAGUGGAGAACGAGCAGAGGAGGAGCUACAACGUCGGCCUAAUACCGGCCAACGAGACGGGCCCCGAACGACCCGUCAAGAUUUAUUGUUAUUGCCAGUGCCCGUACGACGAGGUAUCGGAGAUGAUCGCCUGCGACGGCGAAGACUGCCGCAUCGAGUGGUUCCACUUCGAGUGCGUCGGCAUCAUGGUGCCGCCCAAGGGCAAGUGGUACUGCCCCGACUGCCGGAAGAAGCACAACAUCACGCAGAACAGUGACGAGUACUGCGAUUGAUAGUUUCGUCGGGCGCGCGAGCGAGCGCGAGACGACGGCGCGGAGGGCCCGGCCCGUCCACCCGCUCGGUGUUACCAAAUUCGACGGAGUUGCUUUUCUAGGCGCGUUGCUAGCGAGUUGUUCCCCUUCUUUCUUCUUCGUUACCCUUCUUUCUUUUUCCAGCGAAGAGAGACGCUCUACCGGUUCCACUGUUGAUAUUUUUCUUAAGCCUGUCGUGCGGGAGAGGGGGAGAGAGACGGAGAAGUGCAUGUGUGUGUGUGUGUGUGUGUGUGUGUGUGUGUGUGUGCGCGUGUGUGUGGGUCUGUACAUACUUGUAAAUACGCCGUAGAAUUUUUAAGAGUGAAAUCAGCAGUUUUUUCUGUACAUUUCUUUGUACUUCUUUCAACACAGCGCCAUGUAUAAAUAUUUAGCGUAGAUAGGUAGAUGAAUUAGGUAGGUAGGUAGGUAGGUAGAAGUAGUAGAUCACAAAGUACGGGAGAGUCNGAGAGAGAGAGAGAGAGAGAGAGAGAGAGAGAGAGAGAGAGAGAGAGAGAGAGAGCCUAGCUUCGCGAGGGCAGGGCUGUGUUUUACGAUUUGGAAUAUUCCCACCAUAACAGGCCAUUGUGAUUGUCCGCGCUAGAAACUCGUGUAUCUCUUCAUCACCUUGAAAAAG